AUGUGGCUCACAGAUCAGCAGAAGAUUGGCGCUGGACUGGUGUCUUUUGGCACCUUCUUCAUCUUUGCCGGCAUCCUCCUCUUCUUCGACGCUGCGCUGCUUGCGCUCGGCAACGUCCUCUUCACCGCCGGAAUCGCACUCUUGAUCGGCCCACAAAAGACAUUCUACUUCUUUGCGAGGAAACAAAAGAUCCGAGGCACGAUCUGCUUCUUCACCGGAAUGAUCCUCGUAUUCUGCAAGUGGGCCGUGAUUGGAAUGCUGGUGGAAGGAUUUGGCUUCCUCAACCUGUUCGGAGACUUCUUCCCAGUCAUCCUCAACUUCCUUCGGCAGCUUCCCAUCAUUGGCAACGUGUUAUCGUUGCCAGGUGUGGCCAACGUGCUGGACCGACUCGCAGGAGCUCGUCAAUCGGCCGUCUGA